AUGCCUGUUUUAAUCUUCGCGUUGGAUUUUGAUGUUAGCGAAGACGAGCCAAUAGAGGGUUGCAACUUGGAGGAAGACAACUGCUUUACUGAAAAGUUCGAACAACAGCUGAUGUCGACGAGUAAACUGUCCGAUAUUAGGGAAGAAAAAGAAGAAAUCGAAUUUCGUGGUCUAGAAGAUGAACCAGACGACUAUAGUUAUCUCUUCGAUAACGCUGAAACCAACAACGUACUGAACGAACCGCAGCCUAACUUCUAUUACGAGAUACCUGAAGAUGAGCAUACGGAUAUGGCGAGAUAUACAUUGGAGGAAAUGGAGGAGUUAUUUGCGAGUUUCAAUGAUCUUAUUAUUUGAUU